AUGUUUACUGUAUACGUUAGAGAUAUCGGUAAAUGUAUACGUCAUGUCGAUCAGCUGUUGCGAUAUUCAGGUGGGUCGGUUGUUGAUAAUAUUGAUAACGCUGCGCAAGCAAACCAGUCGCUGCCGCCGCCGCCUGCGCCUGUUUCCGCACCUUCCCCGCGGCCUAUGACCUUUUCGCCCGCUCCGGCGCCGACGGCACAGGCGUUGCAACCCUCAUCUCCGUGCUCUCCUAUGUCAUUGUCGAGGCCGGACGCAAUUGAAAAUAUUGAUCAAGAUAUAAACGAGCCACUAGAUAUUGCAUCCGACAACGACUUUUAUGAGUGUGAUGAUAAUAAUGUGGGGGGAGAGGAAACGGAUCGACCGGUGCCAGAAUCAGAAACGCUAAGCUCUGCACCCGCGGGCCCCGCGUCCGGCUCGGCUCCCGCGAGCCCUGCAGCGCCCCUGUCCCCCGCGGCCUCCGCGGACUCGCAACUGCUGCGCCCGCGCGCGCAGCAGCAGCUAGCCCAGAGCGAGCAGCCCGAUAACCAGUCGGAUCCGGUUCCGCGCCGAUCCGCCCCGGCAGCUGCCCCAGCCCUGAUCGAAGUUCUUGGUAGAUGGGACGGUGCCGGUGUAUCGACGCAUGUGACGUUGAAAAAAGAAUUGGCAGAGAAGUAUUCCUCUGCCAAUUCUUGGGAUUAG